AUGUUCUGCGAAGAGUCCCAUUUAGACGAUGCAGAUGUUGAUGUGUCUUCCUGUUGGCCGCAGGAAUUUGACGACCGUUGCCCUCCUUUGCAGCUGGCGGGAUACAAGCUAGUUCUGAGAGGAUCUUGGAGCCGGAGCAUCGAAGUCGCCAUCCAGAUAUCAGUACAGCGCUGUGCCUUUCUCUGCACCGCCGAUCCCGAGUGCCGGGGCUUCAGCCUGGACGUCGACGAGCGUGGAGUUUGCAGCCACUACGAGGAAGAGGGCGACCCGAAGCCCUCUAGCUCUUGCACUUACGCUUUCAGCAAGGACGACACUUCGGCAGAAGGGGGCGCAUCCACGCUAUCGGGUUCGAAGGCGGCGGAGCCAAAGAAGGAACCGUCGCAAGUGGGGAGCUUAUGUUCCAAUGGGGACGUGCAGCGGUUGCAGUGUCAGAAAUUGCAAAACUAUGUCGAAUUGAGUGCCCAAGACGCAGAGGCGGAGCCAAAGAAGGAACCGUUGCAAGUCGUCCAACACAGCGUGCACUCAAAGGACUCCAAGAAGGUGGCAAGUGUGCGUGGCAGCCGCGGGGGUGACGGAAGCGGUGGCAGUAGAGCGAGACCACGGGGUGAAAAGCAGGACCGCAGAAUUGACACCAUACCCGAACCUGUGCUUGGAUCCGGUCAGGUACAAGAUGCGCAUGUCGCAGACCGUCAGGCAGCUGCUUUCAACGCGAUCCCAGGUGCCCAGCUGCUGCCAGAUCCACCCGAAAGCGAUGGAUACACAGGGAAGAAGCCUGGCCCGGAGGUUCUGUUUCUGCAGGAUCCGCGGAAGUGGCCCGCAUCCAUGAAGGCCAAGGCGGGUGACCCAGCUGCUCGAAGCAGCUUGGUGCAGGUCCCGGCUCUGCACCUGCAUCGUCACUUGGCCGCUCCAGAGUGGAAGAUGCUCCCCCCGGAAAGUCGUCCUGACGGCCCAGGAACAGCUCUGCACGAGUUGUCAGAUUGA